AUGGAACCAGGAAAUUAUACACAAAUUUCAGAAUUCCUUCUUCUGGGAUUAUUAGAAGAACCAGAACUGCAGCCCCUCCUAUUUGGGCUUUUCCUCUCCAUGUACCUCAUCACUGUCUUUGGAAACUUGCUCAUCAUCUUGUCUGUUGGUUCUGACUCUCACCUCCACACCCCUAUGUACUUCUUCCUUGCCAACCUGUCUUUUGUAGACAUCUGUUUCACUUCCACCACCAUCCCCAAGAUGCUUCAGAACACCCAGACUCAGAGCAAAGUCAUCACCUACAAGGGUUGCAUUACGCAGAUUUAUUUUCUCAUAGUCUUUGCCGUGUUGGAUGUCCUUCUCUUGAGUGUGAUGGCCUAUGACCGCUAUGUGGCCAUCUGUUACCCUCUGCACUACACGGUCAUCAUGAAUCCCCGGCUCUGUGGUCUGCUUGUUCUGGUGUCCUGGAUCAUGUGUAUCUUGAACUCCUUGUUACAAAGUUUAAUGAUGUUGCGGCUUUCCUUCUGUACACACUUCCAAAUCCCCCACUUUUUCUGUGAACUCAAUCAGAUGAUCCAACUUGCCUGUUCUGACACCUUUCUUAAUAACUUGGUGAUGUAUUUUGCAGCUGUCUUGCUGGCUGGUGGUCCCUUCAUUGGGAUCCUUUACUCUUACUCUAAGAUAGUUUCCUCCAUACUUGGGAUCUCAUCAGCUCAGGGAAAGUAUAAAGCAUUUUCCACCUGUGCAUCCCACCUCUCGGUUGUCUGUUUAUUUUAUUGUACAAUGCUUGGUGUGUACCUUAGCUCUGCUGCUACCCACAGCUCUCACUCAAGUGCAGUGGCCUCAGUGAUGUACACAGUGAUCACACCCAUGCUGAAUCCCUUCAUCUACAGCCUGAGGAACAGAGACAUAAAGAGGGCUCUGAAAGCAUUCUAUGUGAAGGAGACUCCACAUGGCCAAUUGUCAAAAGACUGA